ACCCAUGAAGUCAAAUCACCAAUUAUACAGCUAGAAGGCUCCAUUGUACCGUGGCUAUUCGCCAUUUGACAAGACACAAAACUACCACGAAGUGAGGCGCCACCAAAGGCACCAACCCUACGUGCGCUAGGCGGGGUGACACUUCACCAUGGCCGCGGCGACCACCGGUGCAAGUGACACGUCACCGUCGACGACGGAGCUGCCACUGCCGGCGUGCACAGAGGAGCUGCCGCCGUCGCCGCAGAAUCAGGUCGUGCUGUUCGCGAGUCCCGGCGCGGGCCACCUCAUCCCGCUGGUGGAGCUCGCGCGGCGGCUCGUCGUGGACCACGGCCUCGCGGUCACCGUGGUCACGCUCACCGGCAUGUCCAACCCGGCAACCGACGCCGCCGUGCUGUCCUCGCUGCCGGCCUCCGCCGCGACCGCGGUGCUCCCUGCCGUUUCCCUCGACGACCUCCCGCCGGACAUCGGCUUCGGCACUCUCAUGUUCGAGCUCGUCCGCCGCUCGCUCCACCACCUCCGCGCGCUCAUGGAGGGCCUCAGCGGCAGCCCGGUGACCGCGCUCGUAUGCGACUUCUUCGGAACCGCGGCUCUGCCGGUCGCCGCCGAGCUUGGCGUGCAGGGGUACGUCUUCUUCCCCAACAGCUUCGCGCUGAUCUCCAUCAUGCGCCACAUCGUGGAGCUCCACGGCGACGCCGCCGCCGGCGAGUACCGCGACCUCCCGGACCCGCUCCCGCUCCCCGGCGGCCCGGCUCUGCGCCACGCCGACCUCCCCGACGGGUUCCGGGACCGGACGGACCCGGUCUAUGCCUACCUCGUCGAGGAGGCGCGGAGAUACGGCCGCGCCGAUGGCUUCCUUGUGAACAGCUUCGAGGAGCUGGAGAUCGCCAUGGCGGAGACGUUCAAGCGGGACGCCGAGGACGGCGCGUUCCCGCCGGUGUACCCUGUGGGGCCGUUCGUCCGGUCGAGCACCGGCGAAAAGGCCGAUGAGUCGGCGUUCUUGGAGUGGUUGGAUCACCAGCCGAAGGACUCGGUGGUGUACGUCUCCUUCGGCACUGGGGGCGCGCUGUCCGUGGAGCAGACGGCCGAGCUCGCCGCCGGGCUGGAGGCGAGUGGCCACAGAUUUCUUUGGGUCGUGCGCAUGCCCAGCCUCGACGGCAACCCCUGCGCGUUGGGGACGGUCCCCGGCGACAAGGACGACCCGCUGGCGUGGCUCCCCGAGGGGUUCUUGGAGAGGACGAGCGGCCGGGGCCUCGCCGUCGCGGCGUGGGCGCCGCAGGUGCGCGUGCUCUCCCACCCGGCGACGGCGGCGUUCGUGUCGCACUGCGGGUGGAACUCGACGCUGGAGAGCGUGGCGGCCGGCGUGCCGAUGGUCGCGUGGCCGCUGUACGCGGAGCAGAAGACGAACGCCACCAUCCUGACGGAGGUGAUCGGCGUGGCGCUGCGGCCGGCGGCGGCGCGCGAGGAGAUCGCCGCGGCGGUGAGGGAGCUUGUGGUGGGGGAGAAGGGAAGCGCCGUGCGCCGCCGGGCAAGAGAGCUACGUGAGGCUGCGGCGCGGGCGUGGUCGCCGGAAGGGUCGUCGCGGCGGGCGCUGGGGGAAGUCGCCGGCAAGUGGAAGGUGGCGCUUGUCAGUGGGAAUGGAAGGAUUGCAUGAUUCGUGUUCUUUCUCCAUGAUCAAGGUCAUGUGUCUGGAUGGAUUAAGCCUAUUACUUCCGUGAAUUUAGAUGAGAUAAAACUAAGUUUUCUGUCAAUUCAAGGAGAUUGGCUUGAACCUCUUGCUAUAUAAACACUCUUUUCUAGCUCUGCUUCUAAAAAUUUCUAGCAAUUUUUAUUUUCGGUAAUAGCAUUCAAUGCCUCAAUGGGUGUUCAGCAAUUAUGGUUUACUGGAAUAUAUGAGAAUUUCUUGCUUGCAUCAUUUUAA